AAAUUAGCAAUCACCCAAAUUAUAUUUCGCAAAACACCCAAUUGCCAAUAUGGGCCAAUCCCUUAAGAAAUUUGCUCCAGGAAGUGAGGAGAAUAAGAUGAAGGACAUUGUUCCCAUAAUAGAAAAACGCUACACUAAGCAUUUUGGGAAGGGAUCUUCUGAGCCUAACUUGGCUGAUUUCUAUGGAGCAGUAUGCGAAACAGUCGAAGAAAUCAACAAAACAUUUGGUAACACACAAUUCAAGGUACCGAGUGCUCGUGCGAUCAGGGAGGCCUAUCAAACUCACCACGAACACAAGAAGGAACCGGUGACAAGGGAAGAAUUUCAGAAGAUCCUCCAAGAAAUACUCAUAACAGACUCAGGAUUCACUGGACUUGGAGCCAAGGACACGCUCGUAUACAUCUUUGGUGUUCCUCUUGCUGCAUUGUUUGUGAAGCAGAAACUGUUUCCGCGCGCAGUUCCUAAUGAGGUUUUCAUACCAGGAGUCACUUCUGCAACUGUCUUUGUUCUUGCCAAACUUAACAAGAUUUGAAAAGAAAAAAAAAAGUGUUUGUUUUUUACGUUUGUUGUGUGUAUUCUUAUCGUCAUAAAUAAUUGAUAUAUGAUUCUAUGGCUGUCUUAAAAGGGGUAAU